AUGUUUUGCCAGUACAACGAUUACCAAUCCUUGCUGUUGAUGUUGUUGAAAACCAAGCCAUUAAUCACUUGCGAUGUCACGGGCAUUCGAGUACGCGAUUUCGCUUGUUCACUAGCAGCACAUCCCAUUGGGAGAACGGCCUGCAAGCGCCGAUACUCCGAGCACCACUUCCGAGACCAUCGAGUCUGUGAUUCCGGAGCAGAUUUCCGCGCCCCUUCAAGUGGAGGAAGUGGUGGAGGAGAAGCAUCCGCAUGUCCAUGUGACAUUGGAGGACUUCCAGGUGCAAGCGAUUUUGGGAAGAGGGUAGAAGCGGAGAACCGGGUUGACUGUAGUGGGUAUGGAAAGGUUCUGCACGUGCUCAACGUCAAAACGGGCAAGUAUUACGCGAUGAAAGUUUUGAAGAAGGACGAAAUCGUGCGAAGAAGGCAAGUGAGUCGCACCAAAAUCGAGCGGACCAUUCUGGAGAAAGCCAAUUUCCCGUUCAUUACUCGAUUGUAUUACGCGUAUCAAACUCCGUACCGUCUCUAUAUGGUGAUGGACUACAUGCAAUGCGGAGAUUUGUUCACGCAUUUGUCUCACUUCGGACUGUUUUCUGAGGAACGAACUCGCUUGUACGUGGCUGAAAUCGUUCUCGCGUUGGAUCAUCUGCAUUCGAUGGGGAUUAUUUACAGAGAUCUGAAACCGGAGAAUGUGCUUCUCGGCACGGAUGGCCACAUCAAACUCGCGGAUUUCGGCCUUUCUCGUUACUACAACUUCAAGGAAGAUUUGAAAAUCCCAAUCAACGAAUUGCGUUCUUACAGUUACUGCGGAACUGAGCAAUACAUGGCUCCGGAAAUGCUGCUGCGACGACCUCACACCGAAGCGAUUGAUUGGUGGUCGUUAGGCAUUCUGUUAUGCGAAUGUCUGACUGGAACCCAUCCAUUCCAAGGCCAUUCUCAUCACCAAACGCUGAAUAACAUCAUGAAUGCUGCAGCAACGCCUCGAAUUCGCGGCGUUUCAAUGGAUGCUCGGUCGCUGAUUCUUCGUCUUUUAGAGCGAGAUCCUUCACGGCGUCUCGGCUCCAAUGAAUUGGGCGUAGAGGGGAUUAAAAGUCAUCCGUUUUUUGCGUGUCUCGACUGGAAUGCAGUGCUUCAUAAGCAGGUCAAUGUCCCGUUCAUUCCCCAUGUGGACGGCCCGCUUGAUUACAAGUACUUUGAUCGAAUGAUUCCUGGAGUAAGGGGUGUGGGGAUUGGACUGAAAUGCAGUCAAUGA